CUACAUGAAGUGCGCCAUUUGGGACAGGGCCGAAAGUCGUUUGGGAUUCGGCCAUUUUAAAGUCAUGCACUGGAGCAAAAUGGCGUCCUCCAUAGGAACUGUCACACGGUUUCGCUCGCUUUUCUGCUUGACAUCAACAGUGAAACAAUACGUGUGGAACACACCGGGACGGAUUUUCAGCUCGUGUUCCUCUGGUCGUGCCCAGAACAGGAGCAGCCUUUUCGAGCACAUUAGGGAGGGCUACAGUGAUAAACCCGAGCUGGACAUGAGGAGACUCUGUGAACACACCGAACAAGUCAUUACUGAGUUGGAGAACAGGAAAGGAGAUUUAGGGGCAGGCGAUGUCCGAGCUAUUAUAUCAGCGUGGAAGCAGCUGCAGGAGGUGCAGGAAGAGAUCAACGAGUUAGAAGAACAUAAGAAAAUGAUCAGUGAUAAAGUCCGGACUCUUGUGGAGCAGCAUGACAAAAAAGUCCUGUCUGGUCUUAUGGCAUACAAGUCUUUGAGAGAAGAGGGCCGAAAGAUCAGAGUGAGGUUGAGUCAGCUGUACUCAAGACAGAGUGACUUGGAGGAGGAAUAUUAUUGUCGAGCUCUGAGGCUUCCCAACAGAACACAUCCAGAUGUGCCUAUUGGAGAUGAGAGCCAGGCGAAGGUGGUUGAAAUGGUUGGACAUAAAGCUGAGUUUGAAUUCAAAGCCAAAGGCCACCUUGAAAUUGGAGAAAAUCUGGAUAUCAUAAGACAGCGACGCCUUGCUCAUGUGUCAGGUCACAGGUCGUACUAUCUGAGGGGAGCAGGAGCCCAACUUCAGAUUGCAUUACAGAACUUUGCUCUCGACCUCCUCCAGAAAAGGGGGUUUAUCCCAAUGGUAGUUCCAGACAUGCUGAAAGGAGUCGUGUUUGAAGGUUGUGGGAUGCAGCCUUAUGCUCACCUCUCUCAGGUUUACUCUCUGGACCCAAGCCGCUUCCCCAACCUUAAUCUUGCUGGGACGGGUGAAGUCGGAGUUGCAGGUUACUUUAUGGACCAUGCUGUGAAUUUGAAAGACCUGCCAGUAAGGACAGUGUGUAGUAGUACAUGUUACAGAGCAGAAACUGAUACAGGCAGAGAAGCCUGGGGCCUCUACAGGGUUCAUCACUUUAACAAGGUCGAGAUGUUUGGUGUAACAGCUGAUGAAUCUGGUCAGGAGAGUUCUCAGUUGUUAGAUGAGUUUGUUCUGUUGCAGAAGGAGAUUUUCUCUUCACUCAAGCUCCAUUUCAGAGUUUUGGACAUGCCCACUCAGGAGCUGGGGGCACCAGCCUUCAGGAAGUAUGACAUUGAAGCAUGGAUGCCAGGCCGUGAAAGUUAUGGUGAGAUCUCCAGUGCAUCUAACUGCACUGACUACCAGAGCCGAAGACUGAACAUUCUCUAUGAGAGAAAUGAUGGCAGUUUUAAGUAUGCACACACAGUGAAUGCUACAGCUUGUGCUAUUCCACGCACCAUUAUUGCACUUCUGGAAACACAUCAAACAAAAGAAGGAACUGUACAUGUUCCAGAAGUUUUGCAGCCUUACGUUGGCUUAGAGGUGAUUGAAAAGCCUUCAUACACUCCCCUGAAAUACAUCGGACCAAAUCAGCCCAACCGUACACCUCGUUCCAUUUCUAAAAGCUCCAACUAACAUUCAUUUUACAAUGUUCAUUUGCACAGUUUUUUUCUAUAUUAAAAAAGCCAAAAUAAAGUGCGUUUUGAUCAGGAA